AUGGCGCGUCAUUGGAGAGGGACGAUGAUGGCGGCGGUCGGUGCACCAGAAGUGAUCACACAGCUGGAAAGCGCUGCCAAAGUUUUAAUGGCACCGCCGUCCAUGGUCAGCACAGAACAGAGGCAGCAUGCUGAACACAUAUUCCUCUCCUUCAGGAAAUCAAAAUCCCCCUUCGCCAUCUGCAAGCACAUAUUAGAGACCAGCAAGGUGGACUAUGUGCUGUUCCAGGCAGCCACAGCUGUCAUGGAGGCGGUGGUGCGGGAGUGGAUCCUGUUGGAAAAGACCAGCAUCGAGUCUCUCCGGGCAUUCCUCCUCACCUACGUCUUACAGAGACCUAACCUCCAGAAAUACGUCCGUGAGCAGAUCCUGUUGGCUGUGGCGGUCAUCGUGAAGAGGGGCUCCCUCGACAAAAGCAUCAACUGUAAAAGCGUCUUUCACGAGGUCGGACAGCUCAUCAGCAGCGGGAACCCCAAUGUGCAAACACUGGCCUGCUCCAUCCUCACCGCUCUGCUCAGCGAGUUCUCCAGCUCCAGUAAGACCAGCAGCAUCGGCCUCAGCAUGGAGUUUCACGGCAGCUGCAAGCGUCUGUUUCAGGAGGAUGGCCUGCGUCAGAUCUUCAUGUUGACCAUGGAGGUGCUGCAGGAGUUCAGCCGCAGAGAAAACCUAAACGCCCAGAUGUCAUUGGUCUUUCAGCGUUACCUGGCUCUUGCCAAUCAGGUCCUCUGCUGGAAUUUCCUUCCACCAAAUCUGGGGCGCCACUACAUCGCCAUGUUCGAGGCCACGCAGAACGUCCUGCUCAAGCCCACAGAGACCUGGAGGGAAGCGCUGCUGGACACCCGCGUCAUGGACCUCUUCUUCACUGUGCACAGGAAGAUUCGGGAGGACUCGGACAUGGCACAGGACUCCCUGCAGUGCCUGGCCCAGCUGGCCUCCAUGCAUGGGCCCGUCUUCCCCGACGAGAGCGCCCAGGUCUCGUACCUCGCCCACCUGGUGGAGGGCCUGCUCAGCAUGAUUAACGGGAUUGAGAUCGAGGACUCUGAGGCGGUGGGCAUCUCCAACAUCAUCUCCAAUCUGAUCACCAUGUUCCCUCGAAGUGUCUUAACCGCGCUGCCCAGCGAACUCUUCACCUCCUUCAUUAACUGCCUCACAUUGCUCACCUGCUCGUUCGGACGCAGCGCCGCCCUAGAGGAAGUGCUGGAUAAGGACGAUAUGGUUUACAUGGAGGCCUACGACAAGCUGCUUGAGUCGUGGUUAACGCUGGUCCAAGACGAUGAGCAUUUUCCUCGCGGCUGCUUUGUCCAGCCGGCGAUUCAAGUCUUCAACUCGUAUAUCCAGUGUCACCUGGCAGCUCCUGACGGCACCCGGAACCUGUCAGUAAACGGCAUAUCGUCUCAUGAGGAGGAGGAGAUAAACGAGCUGCAGGAAGACGACAGAGAGUUGUUCUCUGACCAGCUGUCAAGCAUCGGCAUGUUGGGCCGUGUGGCUGCUGACCACUGUAUCCCUCUGCUCACCAGCCUGUUAGAAGAUCGAGUCACUCGACUGCAUGGUCAACUCCAGAGGACCCAGCAGCACCUCAUGGCGAUGUCUGACCCCGGAUCAAUGGACCGCAAAGUCCUGGACGACCUCUAUGAGGACAUCCAUUGGCUCAUUCUGGUCUCAGGGUAUUUACUGGCAGACGACCCUCAGGGAGAGACGCCGCUGAUCCCCUCGGAGGUGAUGGAGUUUUCUAUCAAACACUCGACAGAGGUGGACAUCAACACGACGCUGCAGAUCCUCGGGUCGCCAGGGGAGAAAGCGUCGUCCAUACCAGGCUGCAACCGCACAGAUUCAGUCAUCAGGUUGCUGUCAGCGGUGUUGCGGACGUCAGAGGUCGAGUCCCGAGCGACAAGAGCGAGCCUGACGGAGCUGCUGAGCCCGCAGAUGGGGAAGGACAUCAUGUGGUUCCUCCGGCGCUGGGCGAAGACGUACCUGUUGAUGGACGAGAAGCUCUACGAACAGAUUAGCAUCCCGUUCAGCACGGCGUUCAGCGCAGACACUGAGGGGGCCCAGUGGAUUGUGGGAUAUCUUCUGGAGAAGGUGAUCAACAACCUGUCCGUGUGGAGCUCGGAGGCUGAGCUGGCGAACGACACGGUGGAGCUGCUGGUGACGCUGGUGGAGAGGAGGGAGAGGGCGAACAUUGUGGUUCAGUGUGAGAGCUGGUGGAGCCUGGCGAAGCAGUUUGCCAGCCGCAGCCCGCCCCUCCACCUGCUGUCCAGCCCGGUGCAGAGGACUCUGAUGAAAGCUCUGGUCCUCGGGGGCUUCGCACACAUGGACGCCGACACCAAACAGCAAUACUGGGCUGAGGUGCUCCACCCGCUCCAGCAGCGUUUCCUCAACCUCAUCAACCAGGAGAACUUCGCUCAGAUCAGCCAGCAGGAAGCCGUCAAACGGGAAAUCGUCGCCACGUUAGAGGCGCUGUGCGGCAUCGCUGAGGCGACGCAGAUCGACAACGUGGCCUCGCUCUUCUCCUUUCUGAUGGACUUUCUGUCCAGCUGCAUCGGCCUCAUGGAGGUCUACAGCAACACGCCCGAGACAAUCAACCUCAUCAUUGAGGUUUUUGUGGAAGUCGCACACAAGCAGAUCUGUUACCUGGGAGAGGUGAAGUCCAUGAAGCUGUACGAGGCGUGUCUGACGCUGCUGCAGGUUUACUCCAAAAACAACCAGAGCAGAAAGAGGAGCGACUCCGCAGCCGAGGAGGACCAGUACCAGGACCUGCUGCUCAUCAUGGAGCUGCUCACAAACCUGCUCUCCAAGGAGUUCAUCGACUUCAGCGACACUGACGAGGUGUUUCGAAACCAGGACCAGGGAACGCCGGCGUCUAGUCGGACGGUAUCAGCAGCAGAUGUGGUUCUGUACGGUGUCAACAUCGUUCUUCCUCUCAUGUCUCAGGACCUGCUCAAGUUUCCAUCUCUGUGUAACCAGUACUACAAGCUCAUCACCUUCAUCUGUGAGAUCUUUCCAGAAAAAAUCCCACAGCUGCCUGAAGACCUCUUCAAAAGCCUCAUGUUCUCUCUGGAGCUGGGAAUGACCUCGAUGAGUUCAGAGAUCAGCCAGCUGUGUCUGGAGGCGUUGUCUCCUCUGGCCGAGCAGUGCGCUAAAAACCAGGAGAAGGACACGCCUCUCUUCAUCGCCACUCGUCACUUCCUCAAGCUGGUGUUCGACAUGCUGGUCCUGCAGAAACACAACACUGAGAUGACGGUGGCAGCAGGAGAAGCUCUCUACACACUUGUAUGCCUGCAUCAGGCGGAGUACUCUGAGCUGGUGGAGACUCUGCUCUCGUCACAGAGAGACGCUGUCAUCUACCAGCGGCUGGCCGAUGCCUUCAACAAGCUGACGGCAAGCAGCACGCCGCCCACCAUGGACCGCAAGCAGAAGGUCGCCUUCCUCAAGAGCCUCGAGGAGUUUGUGGCCAAUGUGGGCGGCCUGCUCUGCGUGAAAUAACCACUGGAAACCGACGCCGCCUCAAAUCAUCGUUUUGAAACGCAACCAAUCAAAGACGACCCCCGCUUCAGCCCCCGAGAACUCUCGGUAGAAGAAGAUUGGGCUGGAAGCCUCGGAGGAACUCUUCGUCUAUCUGCCUGCGCUGCGGGGGAAUCAUCUCAUGCCUGAAUGUUUUAUCCUCCUCGGGUUUCUGUUUUUGUUUUUGCCCACCUGUUGGCCCGGCCCUCCAGCAUGAUUGACAGACUUAAAGAUGAUGAUGAUGAUGAUGUGGUUACCAUGGCAAUUGAACUGCAUAGCAGACUGGAUGACUGAAUCAAUGAAGCACUGACCAUCAUGACGAGUAAAGGGGCGGAGCAGCAGCUGAUGUGUGGCAAUGUUUCCUCCACACACACACCCCCACCCCUCUUUGCUGCUGCCCGGUUUACCUGGAGGCUGCCAGAGCACACACACACACACACACACACACACACACACACACACACACACACACAUACAGAGUGAUGUGAGGUUAAACAGGAUUUUUUUUUUUUUUUAAAUCAAAGGAAGUGUGAGAGUUUGAAGGUUUUAGAGUGGCGAUUUGUUUCCUGAAUUGAACACACACAUUUCAUUUUAACAGUUUCCACUCUCACACACACAAACACACACACACUGACACACACACAUUCGCCCCAAAUCCUUCCCAGAGUGCCUUUGUUUUGUUGAUUGUUCAGUGUGUGUGUAUGUGAAACAUGCCAUACAUUAACUGACAACACACAACGACUGUGCCUGUUCUACGCCAAGAAUAAAGUGCAUACACACAAACACAUUACAUUAAAAUGCACACACACACACACACACACACACACACACACACACACACACACACACACACACACACACACACACACACACACACACAUUAAAUUAAAAUGCAGACACACAAGAAACUUCUGGCUGUCUUUGGGGGUUGCUGAUCCGCACAGUGCAGGAGGGCGAUGAUGACAGAAAACCAAAAUCAGAUUGUGUUUCAUUAAAAGGAUGUACAUAUAUAUAAAUAUAAAGUUUUCAAAUCAGAAGCCAAGAGAAAUGAAUGUUCAUAGAAACAGAAGCAACACAACAGAAAUGUUUUUAUAUGCCUGUAGACAGCAGGAAGAGUUUAAUGAGUUCACCAUUGAAUUAAUUCAGAUAAAGAGGAGCAACUUUCUCUGUGUUGACUUUUUCUUUUUCUUGCGGUUUGAUAUUUUUGUUCUUUUUUUGGAUUGUAGUAUUAUGUUGCCCCCCCCCCCCAGGAGAAUCGGGCCUCCUGAAGUUUAGCAGAUUAAUUUCAGUAGUAUUUUUCUACAGCAGCACCUCCACCGUUUCUCUUUUCAACACACACUGGAUUGAAGCAGAGACUGUCGGACAGCAAUAACGAACCAAAUAAAAAAGGAGCAGAGCCACUCGUAGAAGCGUUCUUCUGUUGGAGACAGAUCCACAUUCACAGCACUAUCCUGGUCAUUGUAGAAAGGCUGUUUUGUUAAUGAAGUGUAAAAGUGUACAUAAAGUUAUUGUAUAAAAAGUUCUGGCCUCAGA